CGCCGCGCUCCGCUCCCUCCGCCCCGCACUGUUUGGGAGCAACCGCGGCCGAGAGCGAGAGAGGGGAGAGAGAGACAGAGGCACGGAGACACAGAGCAGCGCUCCCGCUCGGCGCUCCCGCAGCGCAGGCCCCGGCCCUCGGCCCUCAGCCAUGUCCCUCAAGCAGACGGCGGCCGCCUCGCAGCCCGCCGGCAACAACCGCAAACCCCCCGGCGGCGGUGGAAGUGGAGGAGGAGGAGGCGGCGGCCUGCCGUCAGCAUCGGGUGGCGGGAGGCAGAACAUGGGCAGAGGUCGCAGCAGUGGCAAAGGACCGCCUCAGCCCACAAUUUCUUUCGAUGGCAUCUAUGCAAACAUGAGAAUGGUUCACAUACUUACAUCAGUUGUUGGAUCCAAAUGUGAAGUACAGGUGAAAAAUGGUGGUAUAUAUGAAGGAGUUUUUAAAACCUACAGUCCUAAGUGUGAUUUAGUGCUUGAUGCUGCUCAUCGGAAAACUGCAGAAUCCAGUUUGGGGCCAAAACGUGAAGACAUACUAGAAAGUAUUUUAUUCAAGUCUUCAGAUUUUGUUAUGGUGCAUUUUAAGGAUAUGGAUACCAAUUACGCAAGAAGAGAUGCUUUUACUGAUUCAGCCAUCAGUGCUAAAGUAAAUGGUGAGCACAAAGAAAAGGAUCUUGAGCCGUGGGAUGGAGGAGAGACCAGCGCUAACGAGGAGCUUGAGGCACUGGAGACAGAUGUUUCCAAUGGAUGGGAUCCCAAUGACAUGUUUCGUUACAAUGAAGAAAAUUAUGGUGUAAUAUCAACAUAUGACAGCAGUUUAUCUUCUUACACGGUGCCAUUAGAAAGAGAUAAUUCAGAAGAGUUUUUGAAACGGGAAGCCAGAGCAACUCAAUUAGCAGAGGAAAUUGAAUCAAGUGCCCAAUACAAAGCUCGGGUUGCCUUGGAAAAUGAUGAAAGAACAGAAGAAGAAAAAUAUACUGCUGUUCAGAGAAAUGCUAAUGAGCGAGAAGGUCAUGGUGUGAACACUAGGGAAAGUAAGUACGUUCCACCUGGCGGGAGAAACAGGGAUGUUCUGUCUUGGGGAAGUGGAAGACAAAAUUCACCAAGGAUGGGCCAGUCUGGAUCAGGCCCACCAAUUUCAAGGUCUGGAUCCCACACUUCAGAUUUCAGUCCUAACUCUGGAGCAGAUCAAAGAGUAGUUAACGGAGGUGUUCCCUGGCCAUCGCCUUGCCCAUCUCCUUCCUCUCGCCCACCUUCUCGCUACCAGUCAGGUCCCAACUCUCUUCCACCUCGGGCAGCCACCCCUACACGGCCGCCCUCCAGGCCCCCCUCGCGGCCCUCCAGGCCCCCGUCUCACCCCUCUGCUCAUGGUUCUCCAGCUCCUGUCUCUACUAUGCCUAAACGCAUGUCUUCAGAAGGGCCUCCACGGAUGUCUCCUAAGGCACAACGGCACCCUCGAGGUCACAGAGUCUCUACUGGUAGGGGUACAAUUUCAAGUGGCUUAGAAUUUGUAUCUCAUAAUGCACCAGGGGAAGCAUCUACUACUGCAGUGGCACGAGGCAGCCCUUCAGGUGGGACGUGGUCAUCAGUUGUCAGUGGGGUUCCAAGAUUAUCCCCUAAAACACACAGGCCUAGGUCCCCAAGGCAGAGCAGCACUCCUGCAGGACCAGCUCUGCCUUCUCCUCAGCCUGGUACUAUUCCCACUGAAUCUGUUGCCAUGCCUGUUCCAGCUGCCUCUCCGACACCUGCCAGUCCUGCAUCCAACAGAGCAGUUACCCCUUCCAAUGAAGCUAAAGAUACCAGGCUUCAGGACCAGAGGCAAAAUUCUGCAGCUGGAAACAAGGAGAAUAUAAAGCCAAGUGAGACUUCUCCUAGUUUUCCUAAACCUGAAAGCAAAGGUGUAUCUCCAAUUGUUUCUGAACAUAGAAAACAGAUUGAUGAUUUAAAGAAAUUUAAGAAUGACUUUAGGUUACAGUCAAGUUCCUCUUCAGAUGCAGUGGAUCAGCUGCUAAACAAAACCCGAGAAGGUGAAAAAUCGAGAGAUGUAGUUAAAGAAAAGACAGAACCAGCCCCUAAAGAACCUAUCAUAGAAACUGGCAGUAAUACUAACUCUAAUGGUGGCAGUAGCAAACCCAAUAGUCCUAGUAUUUCUCCAUCAAUAAGUAAUAGUUCUGAGCAAAAGCGAGGGCCGGAGGUAACUUCACAAGGUGUACAGACAUCUGGUCCAGGAAGCAAACAAGAUAAAGAGGAUAAAGAGGAGAAGAAGGAUACUUCUGAGCAAGUUAGAAAAUCAACACUGAAUCCUAAUGCAAAAGAAUUCAACCCUCGAUCUUUUGCUCAGCCGAAGCCUUCUACUACACCAACCUCCCCUCGCCCACAAGCUCAACCAAGCCCUUCCAUGGUGGGCCAUCAGCAGCCAACUCCAGUGUACACUCAGCCUGUUUGUUUUGCACCAAAUAUGAUGUACCCGGUUCCAGUGAGUCCAGGCGUGCAGCCUUUGUAUCCUAUACCCAUGACGCCCAUGCCAGUGAACCAAGCCAAGACAUAUAGAGCAGGUAAAGUACCAAAUAUGCCACAGCAGCGGCAAGACCAACAUCAUCAGAGCACCAUGAUGCACCCUGCCUCAGCAGCAGGCCCUCCAAUUGUAGCUACACCACCUGCUUAUUCAACACAGUAUGUUGCAUAUAGUCCCCAGCAGUUUCCUAAUCAGCCUCUUGUGCAGCAUGUGCCACACUACCAGUCGCAGCAUCCUCAUGUUUAUAGCCCUGUAAUACAGGGCAACGCUAGAAUGAUGGCACCACCAACUCAUGCACAGCCUGGUUUAGUAUCUUCUUCUGCAACACAGUAUGGUGCGCAUGAACAGACGCAUGCUAUGUAUGUUUCCACUGGCUCACUUGCUCAGCAGUAUGCCCACCCUAAUGCUACCCUGCAUCCGCACCCUCCGCAUCCUCAGCCUUCGGCUACGCCAACUGGCCAGCAGCAAAGCCAACAUGCUGGAAGCCACCCUGCUCCUAGCCCCGUGCAGCAUCAUCAGCACCAGGCUGCUCAGGCACUCCACCUGGCAAACCCACAACAGCAGUCGGCAAUUUACCACGCAGGUCUAGCUCCAACCCCACCUUCCAUGACGCCAGGCUCCAAUACGCAGUCUCCACAAAAUAGUUUUCCUACAGCACAACAAACAGUCUUCACCAUUCAUCCCUCCCAUGUUCAACCUGCAUAUACCAAUCCGCCACACAUGGCCCAUGUCCCCCAGGCUCAUGUACAGUCAGGAAUGGUUCCUUCUCACCCAACUGCCCAUGCUCCAAUGAUGCUAAUGACGACACAGCCACCUGGUGGUCCCCAAGCCGCCAUCGCUCAAAGUGCACUACAGCCCAUUCCAGUCUCGACAACAACACAUUUCCCCUAUAUGACGCACCCUUCAGGUGAGGAGUGUGUGCCCGGGAGACCUGCACCGUAACUGAGCCAGGUCACAGUAGCGAGGAGAACUGUUACGAACCAGAUUUGGGGAAAAGAAUAACAAAAAAAAAAAAAAAAAAACCAUCAGAAAACAAAUGGAAGAUGUCCUUUCUAGAUGGCGGGCUGCUGAUGGCAAACUGUUUGUGCAUUUAGCGUUUGUACGUUGCCAGCCCAAAUACAAGCCUAGCUAAGCAUGCCAGAUUUAGCUAAUGUAGCAAAGACCUUGUUUCUGUGUAGCUGAAGUACAGAAGUGGAUAACUGUGCAGACACUGACACGGUGGGGCUGUGUUCUUCCAGGUAUUGCCGUGGUUUUGCUGUGGGGAAUGGACUGUCUGCGUAGCCUGCUCAUAAUGAUCCGGGGGGUUGUUAAAUUUAAAGCGAUCGGUCCCAAGGACAGGAGUGACAGUGUUGCCUGGGGGUAGUGCUGUUAGACUUCUACUGACCGAAGUAAAGUGACAAUUGAAGUCUAUUCUUUAAUUCAGAGUAAUAUUCUGCAGCUUUACUUUUGGGGAAAAGUAGGUGCUAUAUGACUUCUUUCCACUUUAAAGUUACUUAGAUGUCUAUCGUUAUUUGUUUCCAAACAGCCUCUGAUGUUAUGUCUUGGGGAAUGUGUGAGCAGAACAAGCUGCUUUGUGAGGGUUUAGGGAGGAGAGAAACAUCCAAAGGACAUCUCGAUAUGCAGGGUAUUGUUUUGUUCUUUAAAAGGAAAAGGAAAAGAAAAAGAAAGUUGAGCUCAGUAGUUGUCCUGUGACCACUUUACUAGCAAACUGUUGUGUGGCUUGCCAAUCUAUUAUUUACAUUUGAACUUUUUUUUUACAGUACAAGCCCACCACCAACAGCAGUUGUAAGGCUCAUCUGGAAUAACUGAAAGGCUGGAUACCUUUUGUAGGCCAAAUACCCUCCUUCUACUGCUUCUGCCAACUGGAAGCACAGAAAACUAGAAUUUCAUUUUAUUUUGUUUAAAAAAAAAAAAAAAUUGAUUUCUUGUAACAUCCACUAGGAAUGCUAACAGUUCAUCUUGCAGUGGGAGAGAUUCGGACUGAGUAGAGGCAUUUAGGAACUUGUGGGCUAUUCCAUAAUUCCAUGCACUGUAUCUGAGUCCUGCAAGUGCCCCAACUCUGCUUGCUGAAAACUGGAAGUUAUUUAUUUUUUAAUGACCCUUCAAAGUUAUGAACUCAUCAGCUAGCAAAAGAAGUAACAAGAGUGAUUCUUGCUGCUAUUAUCACUAAAAAUCAAGACUUGGAGAUCCCUUUUACUUCUAACUAAACUUGAAACAGGUUCAGUGAAAAAAAAAAAAAAUUCUAAUCGUCAAACUGAUGAAUUAUUAUUUAUAAAUCACGUUUGAUGAGAUGAUCACUAUCGUGAGACAGUGAUGUAACUUUUAAGUUAAGAAAACUUUUACUUUGUAGAUAAUAUAAAAUAAAAACUAAAAAAAAAAUUAAAAAAUAAAAAAAGUUUUAAAAACUGA